CCAUAGCAAUCCAAAGAGUGCACACUGACACACACAAGACACAUAGGGAGUGGGAGGGUGUGUGCUUGUGUGAGCAAGAAAGAGUGGGAGACCAAAUCCAAGAAGCAUAGGCAGACAGAAACAGCAAGACAAAGAGCAAGAGACAGAGCCAACAGUUUGAGUGAUCUUCACAGACAGUUAAGGGCCUACAGUAAAGAAAUUACAAGGAUCGAAUCAUGGAGUAACGGGACUUGACUGACAGGACAACAAACUAGUCCACCUGUUCAGCGCCGAGGGCUAUUGUUGGAAGAUUGAUCUCUGCAUAUGACUUACAGAGGAAAGCUUAUUGGACAAGCCCUUACUUCACUUUAAACUUUGGAUGCACUGGACAACUUGGUGAUUGAAGAAAGAAAGCAAGGAAAAACCGAGAUUUCUGAGGACAUACACCCCAGCUUUGAGUAAGACCAGGAUCAUACUCUUAUUCUCUAACACAAAUAAAAAAGGACAGAAACCAGUUUCAUAUAAUUUAUAGAAAAAAAGAUUCUAUAUGCAUAGUUUAUAGACGUGUGCAGCCAAGUUGUGACAUUUGCUUAAAACAAAACUUGCAAAUCAAAAAGGUAAAGGUCUUACUAAAUGUCCUUUACAAUUAAAAACUACAGUACAAACUUAUACAUAACAGUGUAUAAAUGUAACUUAGGCCCAGUGCUGUAAUUACAAAGCAAGUCCAGGGUAAAAUUAUAAGGGAGGAAGGAAAGGGUGAGGUCUGUGACGAAAGAGAACAGUAGGCCGCAAGGACGCCAAGACAAAGAAAAGGACAUUGAGAAGCCCACCAAGAAAGACAACUGCUUCUGGGGGACAACAAACACACCAUGGAUUCUCAUGGAGGACACUACCUCAACAAAGAUGCUGUGUUGUCACCUUUAGGUGCAGCACGAAUGUGCCAGUUGCUACUUGGCUGCACUAUAAUGGCCCUUGUGUCCCACAGUGCAGGUUACAGCGCCACCUAUGGAACCUUCUGCAUGUUUGUGUGGUGCUUCUGCUUUGCUGUGACACUGGUCGUGUUCACCUUGGACAUUACACGGCUCCACACAUGCAUGCCCAUUUCCUGGGAUAACUUCACUGUGGCCUUUGCAAUGCUGGCAACUCUAAUGUACAUCACCGCAUCUGUGGUCUACCCUGUUUACUUCCUCCAGACAGAGUGCCCUGAUGAAAGCUGUGAGGUUCAAAUCUAUCGCAUUGCUGUCACUGUCUGCUCCUGUGUCUGCUGUUUCCCCUACGGAUCUGAGGUAUUCCUAACUCGAGCCAAACCAGGGGCUGUGGUGGGUUAUAUGGCCACUGUGUCUGGUCUACUCAAGGUGGUCCAGGGUUUUGUGGCCUGCAUCAUUUUCGGGGCUCUUGCCAAUGACAGCGAGUACAACCUCUACAUUGCUACCCAGUAUUGUGUAGUGGUGUACAGCCUGUGCUUCUCUGUGACUGUGAUAGUGGUCAUUCUGACUGUUUCUGGAAGGACCUCAGCCCUGCGGUUCCCCUUUGACCGAUUUGUAGUUGUCUACACCUUCUUUGCCGUGAUCCUCUACCUCAGUACCGCACUGAUCUGGCCCAUCUUCAGCUUUGAUAAGAAAUACAGCACCGCUACUCGUCCUGAGGACUGUCCACGUGGAGAAUGUCCCUGGGACAGUAAGCUGGUGGUGGCAGUUUUCACCAAUGUCAACCUAAUCUUAUAUUUUAUUGAUCUUGUUUACUCCCAGAGGAUUCGCUUUGUCUCCAGCUCUGCUGUCUGAAAAAUGUUACCCCCUCAAGACUAUUAAGCCUCAGAGACAAAUAAAGAAGGUCUGAACAUCCAACAUGCCCUCAACAGUCAGGUCUCUGUAAAGAUCUCAUUCCCUUGAAUCCAUGAAUUUAUUGUUAUGUAUGUGUAACAUUUUUUAUUAUCAGUAUUCAUUAUUAUUCUAGUAUUAGGCCUCUGUACUAGGUAACAAAACUACAGUAUUUCAGGCCUUUCUCCAGUUCUGCGGGGACCUACCGGGGAGAGCAUGCCAGGUGCACCGUUGAGCUGAUCUCAGCAACCUUGUCCACAGAGAACUCUGGGAAACAUGUCCAUCUCAGCACCUUCCACUCCAAGUUCCUUUGGUGGUCUCAAACAAGACAUACCUAUGCAAGUGUGUGAUAGUGAUUAGAGUAUCAGAACAGUGCUAUGUCAGAUAGACACCCUCAGUCUUACAAAGACUAAGCAAUUUAUUUAAUUGUAUUUAAAAAAUAAAAUGUCUCAUAGAGAUGCAUAGUAUUAAGUCUACAGUAUGCACUGAAUGUAGCUUUUGGUUUUGGCUUUAAAGCCAUUUUGCUUUUGUUUUUUCCCAAUUCAUAUUAUAUUCCUCAUACAUGUAAUGUCAACAGUUUGAGUUUAUUAGGCUUUUCCUGUUAUCCACUGAAUGUUAAAUGUAUCUAAUACGUGAACGUUUUUUGAAGGCAAAAGUUUGACAACAGUAUCAAAUGGAUUAUUUGCGAUAAGCACAAUUAUGCAGUGUUAUAUUUCUUAAUUUGUUUCUGACAUGUUCCAUGUUUAAUAAAAUAUCAAAUAGUUGGCUA